AUGGUGAAUCGAAGAGAAUCUCCACGUAUCAUGAGUAGAGCUCUGAUACCCCCAACGCGUCGAAAAGCAGUGACAAAAAGCACUAUCCGGGAAGGACGUGGAGGCUGCUUGCCAUCGAGGCUGAAUCGGGGACUGCGAGACUUUCCGGGAACGCGCGGGUGGCCGCUGAGUGGCGGGAGCACGCGGUGGGGGCGGGCUGCUUCUGCCGAGCUCAUUGUGAAGUGUAUGAAACAGUCAUAUACUAUUCCUGUAGAAACAAGAGAAAAUCACCAUUGUUCAAGUUUUAAAUAUCAAAAAAUUGCAGCACGUGUCCGUGAUCCCAUUCCAGGCGCCCCUCUCAUGCGACCAGACACUAGCAAACUGGGCGUUCCAGAAUCAGUAAGACGGUGCCUCGAGAGUUGCUGGGACGAAGAGCCAGACACACGACCAGACAUACGUUUCGUAAGAGUGAAACUCAAAGAAAUGCAGGCGGGUUUGAAGCCUAAUAUUUUUGAUAAUAUGCUUGCAAUAAUGGAAAAAUACGCCUACAAUUUAGAAGGAUUGGUUCAAGAACGAACGAACCAACUCACUGAAGAAAAGAAGAAAACUGAUGCUUUGCUGCACCGUAUGUUGCCCAAAACGGUUGCUGAAUCUCUGAAACGAGGGGAUCCAGUAAAAGCAGAGAGUUUUGAGUGUGUCACCAUAUUUUUCAGUGACAUUGUUGGAUUUACAGAAUUGUCAGCAGUGGUGGAUCUUCUUAACGACUUGUAUACUUGUUGUGACUCCAUAAUUUCUCAUUACGAUGUCUAUAAAGUGGAAACAAUUGGGGAUGCAUAUAUGGUAGCAUCUGGUCUUCCGGUUCGCAAUGGAGAUAGACAUGCUGGAGAAGUUGCUUCUAUGGCAUUACAUCUACAAGCUCAGAUGUGCCAAUUUGAAAUUCGACAUAGACCCGGUGAAACGUUGCAAUUACGUAUAGGUAUUCACUCUGGACACUGUGUAGCAGGUGUAGUGGGUCUCAAGAUGCCACGAUAUUGUCUGUUUGGAGAUACUGUUAAUACUGCAUCUCGCAUGGAGUCAACUGGAGAACCAAGCCAAAUACAUAUCUCUGAGACAACGCAUUCCUUAUUGCAACGAUUAGGUGGUUACAUGUGUGAAGAACGUGGACUCACGUACAUUAAAGGGAAAGGAGAAAUGCAGACAUAUUGGCUUUUAGGUGAAGAUCCUGAUCAAAGACUUUCACGUUUGCGUGCCAGUUCCAAUGUGUACUUCCAUCCUGUAGCAAAUUGUGUUCCAACUCUCGAGACACCAGAUUUGAUUCGAUGUGACACUAUGUCACCACUGUUGCUACAAAAUCCUGUUCCUUACAAGCACUGUCAAUACUUGCGUCAAAGAGCCUUAUGUGCUGUGGAAAGUAGCUUAUCUGCUGGUGACCUGCCAUCUCCUUCAAGACCUACACUUCCCGUUCUUAUUCAGUGUGCGGAACAGGUAGAAAGAAGAGGUCAUCAAUCUGCCCCCUCCAUCACAUUUUGUGAUACAACGGUGGUUCUUGUUGAAAUUAAUUAA